GAAAAUUUAUCUGCAUAGUAGUUCUCCUAUUUAGCAGUAGAGAAGAUACUAUUUCUCUGUGAAAUGUCUUAAAACUUGAAUACAAAGAAACUUUAGACACAAGGGAUUAUUAAUAGCGUGCCUGCUGUGUUUCUGUUCGAGGGGAGGAGGGGAUGUAAAUUUCAGUUUUGAUUCACAAAGGAGAUUCUGCAGAGAAUCUUUACAGUCAUACUUCAGACUUCCCUUCUCUAGUCUCCUCUGUUCUUUGGAUAAUCUUAUUACCUUUUUGGUCAUUCUAAGCACUACAUGGAUUAGUUCAGUAUAUAGAUUAUGGCCAUAUAAACCUCAUUCUCACUCUUGGCCGAUAACCUCACUCUGGUUUUACUGAAAAGAUUAAAGCUAUUUUGGAAGAAUUGAACUCGCCCAUUCCUCUCAGUUUCGUGUUGAUGUAUCUUCAUCUCUGUGGCUGUCUCCCAGUUGCAGACAGAGGCAGCCACCUUUCUUUCUCCUCCAGAGCUAACCCUUUCCUUUGUGCCCUUGAUGCCCCCCUCCACCUCUUCCUAUUACCACUACUCGGCACCACCCACAUAUUAGGGCUCCCUUGCAACCACUUUCAAACAAGGCCAGGCUUUAUUCCAUUUUUAAAAGCACACAAGAAAACCAAAAUGCUUUUGCCUGACCUUGCUGUCUCUUCUAGUCUAUUUAUUGCUUUCCUUUUGCAGCAAGACAUCUCAAUUUCCUCUUUCCUCAUAGCCCCUUAGUUUUGCAGUCUAGCUUCCUUUCUCUAUCACUCUAUUGAAAUUGUGUCCUCAAAUGUCACAGUGGUGCCCUUGUAACUUAAUCUGAAAAGGGUGAUGUUUUAGCCUCAUUCUUCUUAUUUUCUCAGCAGCAUCGAUUUUCUUUCUUUCUGCCUUUUUUCUUUCAUAUUCCACUCUGACAUAGUUCUCUGGUUUAUAUUUUUCUGCUUAUCUCCUCAUUGGGUUUUCUAGACCAGUCCACUGCAUAGCAUCAUGGCUGAGUCCAAGCUCUCACAUUAGCCUGCCUGUGGCUGAAUUUUAACUCUGCCAUGAAUUAACUGCAUGACCUUUGUCAAGGUAAUCUCCCUGUGCCUCAGUUUCUCCAGCCUUAAAAUGGAGACUAUAGUAGGAGUAUUAACUUUUGGUUUGAUGUAACAAUUGAAUGAGAUAGUCUAUGUAAUAUUUAUCCCAACAUUUGGCACAUAGAAGUUUUCAUUAUCUAUUAGCAUAACAAUAAGCCCCUCCAUCUUCGAAAGUAUAACUGUUCUUUUUUUCUGUUAGGACAUAUUUUCCAUAUGACCCAAGGCAGAGCGAGACGAUAACUAAUUAUUGAUAAAUAGAUUUAUGCACAUGGUUGGAGAGUCCGGGGAAGAAGGGAUGAUGAGGGAGAGAGGCUCCUAAAUUCUGCAGGUGCUGUAAUUCCCUGAUUUUAAUUUUGCUUUACUUUUUACCAACAAAUCAUUUUGAGAGCUUAAAUCGCUCCUUUCAGGACAUAUGGUGUUUCUUGAGCAGGAAGGGACAUCAGCGGUUAAAGCUCUUGUUGUUGGUGCAACAGUCAGUCACGAUGAGUCUGCCUGGCAUGGAACACAGUGUCCCAUCCUUAGAUUAAAUGCGCUCUUAACAGGAUUAUGUAAGGAAGGAGGCAGCCACGGCGGCAUCUCUGUGCAGAGGCCGCCUGGAACCCGUCCAUUGAGUCAUGCCGCCAUCUCGCGGCCGCAGGGGGAACGGGCCUUGACAGGGCCGUUUUGUUUGGUGCAGAGGGAAGGUCCCCAGAAGUGCUGUCUACCAAAUUUCUGCAGAAAGUGUGGGUCAGGCUGACAUGAGGGAAGAAUGACGGGGGAUAUCACAGCAAGGAGAAGGAAAAACACCUCAGCAUGGCGUGGGGAAGCAAAGGGCGCAAGUGAUGCUUGUGCCAGCCCAUAGUAUUCUUGUCGGUUUCAUUCCAGAACAAUUCCCACUCCCGCCCCAAUACUCUAUAAACUUUGACUUUCCCCUCUUUUUUGAUUCUCACUUUCCAUCACUCUGUGCCGACCCGCUAUCCUGAACAGACCCUGCGUCACCUCCUAAUUUCGCUUCUUGUAUGUUAGGAAUUCAGGGCUGGGAAAAUUUAGCCGAGUCAUCACAUUUGGCCACUGCCCGGAAAAGCAGCCCUCCCGAGUCAGGAACGGGCUCCGGUUCAUCACGUGGCAGCCGCCUGCAGGAGCCGCAGGUCUCUUGGAAACUGAGGUUCCAGAAGCGGGAGCCCCUGAAGAAUGUGCUUUUCAUCUUGGCAGAAAGAGCUCGGGACCCCAAUGCUAACAAGCGUCACACGGCAAUGAGAGGCCUGGGAACCAUGGCCCGUGAAGCCCCUGACAAGGUGAGAAAGCAUAAGAAAAUUGUCCUCGACCUGCUGGUGUACGGAUUGUAUGACCCUGUGAGUUUGGAAGUCAUCCAUGAGAGUAUGAAGACUCUGACCGUCGUUCUGGGCAAGAUCCAGGGGAAAGGUUUGGGUUCCUUCUUCAUAGACAUCACACUUCAGACCAGGACUUUAUUAGAUGAUGAGAACGACAGUCUGAGAUACUCGGCCUUUGUUUUGUUUGGGCAAUUGGCUGCCUUUGCCGGGAGGAAAUGGAAAAAAUUUUUCACCGGUCAGGUUAAGCAGACACGAGAUUCCCUCCUGAUCCAUUUACAGGACAGAAACCCCCAGGUUGCCAAGGCUUGCAAAACAACAUUUCGAGCCUGUUCUCCAUAUCUGAAACUAAGGAAGGAAUACAGCUUCCAGAGCGAAGAAGAUCAAAGGAACACUAAGCUCUACUGGCAGCUGAGCCAUUAUCAUCCAGAGAUCCUGCAGUUCUUCUACGCAAAUAAAAUUCUGUAAGCGCAGAGCAGCAGGGAAAUGGUUCUAUGUGAGGGCAUUGCUGAGCCAUCGUGUUCCCCUGUUUUAUCUCACUGGAUGCCUCUUCUCCUUGCCUCUUGGGAUUGUAAUGGAAAAGAGGGUGCUGGGAGAGCAAUCAAAGGCAAAAAUAAUACAUGGAAUUGUAUGAUUAUAUCUAAAGUAAAAUUCUAGACUGCUUUCACUUAUUUCAUUUCUUCCCCAUACAAAUUUGAUGAGCAGGUACACACUUUCUUUAAAACAUUCCAAGUGUAUGUAGAUUCAGUGCUUAUUUCUCAGCUUUUUCUUCCUUAGGUUCAUCUCUGUCACCUAGCUUUUAUUUUUAAUACUCAAUUUCUGAGGCUUAGGACAAUACUUGUUACCUUAAGGUUUUUGUUUUUUGUUUUUGUUUUUUUUUUUCUGGUUUUUGUUUUUGUUUUUGGUGUAUUUGCUAUUGAUACCUUUUCUUGCCAAGAUUUAUUUAAAGUUGGCCAAGAUACCAAGAAGGUGGCUUGCAGGGGUAUCUUUAGCGUCUCAUAAGUGUAAACAGUCAUUGCUUUCAAGAUCAUCCGAAACAAGAAUUAAUAGAGAGAAAAAAAUAUAUAAAGCAUGUGUUGAAAAUCCUCACGCUCAUGAUAACUUAAGGGAUAACAAUAGUAGGUAACACUUACUGAGUGCUUACAAUUUAGUGGACGCGGUCAAAGUGCUUUUUGUAAGUUCUAUUUAAUACUUGCGACAACCCUAUGAGAUAGUAAGUACUACUAUUGUUCUCAUUUUAUAGAUAGAAAGCUAAGACACAGGGAAAUUAGGUAACUUGCCCCAGAUAACUCAGUGAACAAUGGAGCUGGAAUUCAAAUGCGUAUGGUCUGAUUUCUUGAGCCCAUACUCAAUAACCAUGCCAUCCUGCCUGUCCGUGGAAUAACUGAUGGAUGGUUAGAAAUAUUAAAAACAAAACAAACGCAAACGUCUCUGCUUCUGCUUCUCUACUAAGCCCAGUUAACUUUUGCUUUUAUAUGUACUAAGUAUACAUUUUCGUUAAUUUAUGUGAGCUGAGUGUAUGUUUUUAUUAAUUACUUUUUGGCUAUUAAUGCCAAUUAUUUUGGUGAUCAAUCCUAGUUAUCUGAGGAGUCACAUCUCUCAUAAAAAUCACAAGAAAAAUCUCUUAGUCCCGCUCACCCUCCCUCCAACCAGAUUGCAUCCCAAGCUUCUAUAGAAACUCUGGUACCACCCCUGAACUCAGUAUCCAGGCCACACCCAGAGUGUUUUGUUCAAGACAAUUUAAAACACUAGAGAUUAUAAAAACUACAGCAGGAUCUUAAACAGCAUUCUGAGAACCAGGAACUCAAUUUUCUGCUGUAGGUCCCAGGGACAGGGUGGUGUGACACAGAUGUGGGGGUGAGGAGAGGCCUAGGCGAGAUGAGGAUGUGGGAGAUGGCAGAUGGAGUGGCAAGUGCCAGGCAGGAAUGGAUUUUCUUCCUUCCUGUUUUGAAUCUGAAGAACAUGACAGCAAGAGAUUUUAGGAUGGACACAGGCUCAAGAGGGUGUGGGUGGUUCUGAGGGGUAAGCCCCCUGCCCCUCCCAGCACCUGCUCCCUGGAUGUUGGCCUCUUCGAAAUUUUGUUGCAAGGUUGGUUUAAACUUGAUGCAGUUCCAUUAAGUGAUCAGUGAGUGGUCUGAGAAAUGACUGCAUGUGGCUGGCAUUCAAAAAGGUGGGGAUAAGGUGAGAUGGGUGGGGUUAUGUGGUAUACAGUAGAAAAACGUAUGCAGUUAACGUUGCUGUAUUGGUUAAAAUUGUGGAAGAUGUGGUUGAAUUAUUUGACUUUAAGAUUCCACAGUAACCUUUUAUUUUGGUGGCCCCCAAUGAGUCAUGCCUCCUGAUACUCAUGUCCUUAUUUAGUCCCUUCUGUUUGAAUCUGGGCUGCCUUUGUGACUUGCUUUAAUCAGGAGAUUGUGAUAAAUGGCACUGUGCUGGGCCUAGAACCCUGGGAGUUUCCUCGUUUGAAUUGUGGGGGAAGCCAGCUGCCACAUAAGAAGUUGAACUACCAGGAACAAAGGAGAGUGCCUGAGAUCACCAUGUGAAGGAGAAUGGAGACACUAACCCACAGCAGAGUCCGAAGUCCAGACACAUGACACAAGUUGUCCCUUCCAGCCAGACCCUAGCCGUUGAAGCUACUCCAGUUGACACCAUAUGGAAAAGAGACAAGCGUCUCUGUCAAGCCCGUCUCAAUUGCAGAAGCAUGAACAAAGAAUCAAAUGAUUGUUGUUUUAAGUCAUUAAACUUUGGGAUAAUUUGUCACACAGCAAUAAGUAACCAAAGAAGAUUCCUUAUUAUUAACUGUUAUCUUGGCUAAUUUUGUUUUGCUCUUCAUAAGUCCUCUUUGAGUUUAAGUUCUAUUUCCAGAAAUUUAUGUUAUCAUGAAAUUUGGUGGCAAGAGCAAGGGACCAUGUUGUUUUUGUUUGUUUGUUUUGUUUGUUUUUUUCUGUUUCUCACCAUACCUAUCACAGGGCCUGGCCACGUGAUUAAGGAACAUUUGCUCAAUGACUAAAUGAUUCCAAAUUGCAGAGGGAAUAAAGUCCAACGUUCAGUCUGCCAUUUCAGGCUUUCAACCUUCCUUUUCUUCUGUUACUCUCUUUGCUUCAGCCAAGUUUGGGUCUUUUCUCUUCUUUCAACAUGUCUUGGUCUCCUACACCCCCUCACCUUGGCUCAAUCUGCUAUUUCUGUGUUGAGUCCCCUCACCUGUGCACAUCCACCUGGACUCACAUGCACACACACACACACGCACACAUUUCACAUGUAUAUCUUAUUUGUACUCCAACGCCUAGGUCAAAGUCCUGAUCCCCCCAGUCAGGGAGAGCUCCAGGCUCUGAAUUCCCAGAACAUUCUAGCGAUAUUAUACCACUUAUAUCUUAUCUGAAAGGUUUUUUUUUUUUUUGUUUCCCUAUAUGUCUUUUUAUGGUUUUUUUUUUUUUUUUUUUUUUUUUUUUUUUUUUUUUCCUGUUAAGAUUGAAACUAUGGAAGAAGGCAGGGCUCUAUCUUGGACAUCAUUUGUAUCUCCCUGGUGACUGCAAAAGUACUCUGUAAAUGAAUGUUGAUAAGGGGAAAAUGUCAGAAAGUCAUCUGAAGCUGUCACUCCUUCCUGGGAGGAGCCCAUUUUGACAAGUGAGAGUCAUCGAUUUCAUUCCUUAUAACCAAUGUACAGGUUACUUUUAUGCUUGUGCAUUUCAAGUUUCCCCUUCCCCGUGUUUAUUUGAAUGCCAACCCAAAGGUAAUGUUUUGACAUUUCUUAAUUUUGAAUAUUAAUUUUGAACCUUAUUGAGCAGUUGAAUGAAAGACAGAAAAAAGGAAUGUUCAAGUGCCCCGCCCCCCAUGUUAAGUGCUCAGGGUAGACCUAUGCUUGGUCCCCUGUGUCUCUGGCACUCAUGAGAUGGGUCUUUCUUUCUUUAUUUUUAUUUUUGAGAUGGAGCCACGCUCUGUCACCCAGGCUGGAGUGCAAUGGCACGAUCUCAGCUCACUGCAACCUCCACCUCCCAGGUUCAAGCGAUUCUCCUGUCUCAGGCUCCUGAGUAGCUAGGAUUGCAGGUGCCUGCCACCAUGCCCAGCUAAUUUUUGUAUUUUUAGUAGAGAUGAGGUUUCACUAUGUUGGCUAGGCUGGUCUCGAACUCCUGACCUCAAGUGAUCUGCCCACCUUGGUUUCCCAAAGUGCUGAAAUUACAGGCGUGAGCCACUGCAUCAGGCUGAGAUAGGUCUUUCUUAAAGGGGAGAGGGAAGUGGUGGAGAGAGAGGAGAGAAAAUGACAAAGGAGGUGGCUGGGAAUCUAACAGGUGUGACCAAUUCUGCUAAUCAAUGAGAGCAGAAGCCUGUGAACUUCCAGUCAAUAGACUACUUAAUUGGGGGAACGCUUUACACGUUAUAAAAAAGCACUGGAGUGUUUGCAAAGUGAGAAACAACAGCUAUGUAGGGUAGGUAGCAGUUAGUGUUGUAUGGAAGACAGAUACUUGUGCGUUUCUGCAUUUUCUAAGUUUGCUGCAAUGAGCAUAUAUUACUUUUAUAGUUAUAAAACACAUGCAAAAGUGCCCUUUUAAAAUGAAAAAAAGUCCAUGAGUGUAAGUGAUAUACAUGCUUGGAAAGCCUGGGAUGGUCAUUGUUUACCCUCGGUAGUAUGUGUUUGCCUUUGUCCUUUUGAGACAUUUUGUUUUAAUCUGUUGAUGACAAUAACCUGUUAAUAAUAUAACUUGAUGACAAAUAAAGUGACUUAUGAUUAUCAUUUUA